AUGCCUGAAGGAAAUGAAAAUGAAGGAAAUGAAGAACCGUCAAAUCGAUCUCUUGUAACAAUCGACGAACUACUUGAAACGAUGUUUAUGGAUCUUACAAUUAAUCAAAAAUUCUGCAAACAUGUCGUCGAUAGCGUUGUUGAAAAAUUUUAUAAAUCCAAGGUAAUGCCAGUGGAGAAAGAAACAGUAAUUUUACCAGAAAUAGUCACUUCUUGCACUGAUAAGAGAUCGGAAAUAGUCGCUCACAAUAUUCGAAUACUUUCAAGGUUAAUUGAAACAGUUAUGGAAACGUUUAUUAACUGUGCUGAUUUAUCGUUUUAUCAUACUGAAUUUGAAAAGAAUCGAGAUUCAGCGAAUCUUUUUGCGGCAAAAAUUCAAAUUGAACGUUUCCUUAUUUGUAAAACUUUUGAUUUAAAGCAUUUUGAACAGAUCAUUCGACGAAUUUCUGGUCUUUUGAAAAUUUUUGUCAUAAGAAUUUCAUCGGCAUCUCAUGUAACAAAUUGUACGUAUUUUGCAAGUUUUUUAUGUGAUACUCUUUACCGUUUUGAGGAAUAUUGCUCAAUUCAUAUAAAAGGUUGUGAAGAAGAUUUCGCCGCUCUGAAAAUAAUUAUUGGCCAUUUUUAUUCGAUAGUUGUUUGUUCACUUCACAAUAGGGCACUUGCUCACAAAAACGCUAAAAAAGAAAGAAUUUCUUCUCGUAUUCAGAAAAAAAGUAGUGGACAGAGUCGUAUUUUAAGACCACUAAAUUCGACUAAAAUGCAUAACAAAUUGAAAAGAAGACUUCCAGGUUUUUUGCUACCAAGAGAUCUCCAAAGGAAAAGAGCAGCAGUCACUACGAAAUGUCAAUCGGUUGGAUGCCAAGUAUGUGCGCCUCACAGAAGAAAGAGUGCAACAACGCAUUUCUUACUUCGACCUCCAUUAUUGAAACCAGAGAGUUCUUCGAAAAAUUUGACGAUAGCAUCUGAAAGGUAUCGUGAAGCAAAUAGGCUAGCAAGGCAAUUGACUAGUGAGAUUGUUGACGAGCUGGCGAAUAAGGAAGGUCAGUUAACAUGCAAUACAAAUGUUCAAGUGCGAUUUGGUAUUUUUAUUUUUCAGAAGUGA